AAGCAUCAACCCCAACUAAAAGAAAGCAGCAUUACCAGAAUUUACUUCAUAUUCCUCUGCUAGACAAAAGCUUGUUUUCAACUUGAUGUUUCAAGCAGUAGAUUUCUCACUUGUGGCCAGCAUCCGUGAGUUGUUUACCAGGUUAAAAAGUUCUGGAUAUAUCAUUGAUGGAACCUUGUAGUGACAAUUGGCUGUGAUGUCACAGACUCUUAGUUAAACUUCUAGAAGUUAUAUUUAGUCAUACCAGAGAUUAAACAGGAAAGAUGCUUACUAAAUGAGGUGGGAUCCAACAUGAUUGUAGUACAGAAUGUAAUAAUUUAUGAACUAACUUUUUCCUGAGGUAGUUCAGCAGAAGAACACUUAAUGAGGAAGGCAAAGACUUAAGUAUCUGGUACAUUUGUCAUUCCUUAUGGUCAAUUUACUUGAAUGUUAAUAAGUUUGAAAUCUACCAGUUUUAGAAAUGGAAGAAAAGGAUGAAUCUGAACAGUCUAUCUCGGCAGGGAGGCAAGAAAUUCGAAAGAGAAGACGACCCAGCCAGCCCAUGGUAGAUAAAUCCCAGCAGACUGAAGUAACAGAGAAAAAGAAACAAUUGUCUAUACCACAAUCAUCUGGCCCCAAAGCUGCCCUUAGUAUUGGUAAUAUUCCUGGAAGCAAAUUAAACUAUGAACGUCAUAGAGUAUCUUCUCAACUUCAGCAAACUUGGAUAAAGAGAAAGCGUGUACAGAAUAUGGCUGAUAAGUCUCUGCAGACAGAAACUAUUGCAGAAGAGAAAAAAGAAGAAAUCAAAUUAGUUUGUGAAGCAGCGGUACCUGAGGAAAAGCCAGCUGCUGUUGAAGUAGGUCCUGAAUUUCCAGAGAGUGUUCAGGAAGUAGAAGUUCCACCAAGCAGAUACUCUGCUCAAGUCAAAGCAGACAGAUCUCAGCAGACUAGUUGUACUGGAGACUGGACAAUGAUGAACUUUCCUGAAAAAGAUAAACUAGACAAGGAACAGCAGACAUACUUUAGUGAAUCAGAAAUGGUGGUUAUUGGACGGUCGACUAAUUCUUUUUCAAAGUCAAAGAAAGGUGCACAGAAGCGCAAAUCUUCAGGGAGUAUUUUUGUUAGUGAACAUCCUGAAUUUCAACCCACAACAAGUAGCAAUGAAGAAACUAGGCGGCAAAGUAUUAGCAGAACAUUAUCUAUUCCACCAACCAAAAAAGAUUCUCCUGUACCUUUAGAAGAUGAGAAAGAUGUUCCAGUUGAAGUACAGCCUCCUGCUGCAGAAGAGAUCUCUGCUGAAGAACAACUUCCACUAGACGAGACUACUGCAGAAGAGGUUCCUGUGGAAGUUCAACCUCCACCAACUGAAGAGGCUCCUCUUGAAGUACAGCCUUCCCCAGCUGAAGAGGCUCCUGGAGAUGAGGCCCCUGCUAAAGUAGAGCCUAUGCCAGCCAAAGAGGCUCUUUCAGAAGAGCCUCCUGCUGAAGAGGCUCCUGUUGAAAUACAGCCUUCCCCAGUGGAAGAGGCUGCUGGAUAUGAGGCCCCUGCUAAAGUAGAGGUCACCUCAUCUGAAAAGACUCUUUUAAAAGAGCCUCUUACUGAAGUUCAGCCUCCUGCAGCUGAAGAGGUUUCUACACAAGAGGCCCCAGAACUUCAACUUUCACCAGCUGUGGAGUCCCCUGCAGAAGAGGCCCCAGAGGUUCAGCCUCCACCAGCUGAGAAGGCCCCUGCAGAAGAGGCCCCAGCUGAAGCUGAGCCUCCACCAGCUGUGGAGUCCCCUGCAGAAGAGCCCCCAGAGGUUCAGCCUCCACCAGCUGAGCAGGCCCCUGCAGAAGAGGCCCCAGCUGAAGCUGAGCCUCCACCAGCUGAAGAGGCCCCUGCAGAAGAGCCCCCAGAGGUUCAGUCUCCACCAGCUGAGGAAGCCCCUGCAGAAGAGCCCCUGGAAGUUCAGUCUCCACCAGCUGAGGAAACCCCUGCAGAAGAGCCCCCAGAGGUUCAGUCUCCACAAGCUGAGCAGGCCCCUGCAGAAGAGGCCCCAGCUGAAGCUGAGCCUCCACCAGCUGAAGAGGCCCCUGCAGAAGAGCCCCCAGAGGUUCAGUCUCCACCAGCUGAGGAAGCCCCUGCAGAAGAGCCCCUGGAAGUUCAGUCUCCACCAGCUGAGGAAACCCCUGCAGAAGAGCCCACAGAGGUUCAGUCUCCACAAGCUGAGCAGGCCCCUGCAGAAGAGGCCCCAGCUGACGCUGAGCCUCCACCAGCUGAAGAGGCCCCUGCAGAAGAGGCCCCAGAGGUUCAGUCUCCACCAGCUGAGGAGGCCCUUGAAAAAGAGGCCCCAGAAGUUCAGUCUGUACCAGCUGGGCAGGCCCCUGCAGAAGAGGGCCUAGGAUUUCAGCCUCCACCAGCUGACAAGGCCCCUGAAGAAGAGGCCCCAGAAGUUCAGUCUCCACCGGUUGACAAGGGCCCUGAAGAAGAGGGCCAAGGACUUCAGUCCCUACCAGCUGAGGAGGCCCUUGAAGAAGAGGCCCCAGAAGUUCAAUCUCCACCCACUGAGGAGGCUCCUGCAGAAGAGACCCCUGCUGAACUUCAGUCUCCAUCAAUUGAAGAAACUACUUCAGAAAUGGUCUCUGUUGAGAAACAGCCUUCGCUCACUGAAGAGCCCUUUAUUACACCAAUCUCUUUAGAAGAAACCUCUGCUGAAGUUCUGCUUCCACCAUCUGAGCAGACCCCUGCAGAUGAGGUUCUGGUAGAGAACGUGUCUCCAGUAGAUCAGGCUCCAAAGGAAGCAGACGUCCCAGUGGCAAAAUUAGAAUCAGGGAUUUUGGAAGAUAAGCCAAAAUCUGAAGAGCCUUUAGAACAGGAUACUGUUCCUAAAGAUUCAUCUGAUACCAACAAUGAAGCAGUUUCUUUUGAAAUACAGGGUGUCAUCCAUAUAGAACUGGAAUAAGGGCCUCCUCCUCAGCUGUGGUCAGAUCUUAACUAAGCUAACAAUCAGAAACCAGGAGGUUCUGGGAAGUACGUACAUUAGAAAAUGGUAGGUAUAUUUGAAGGUAUUUGGAGAGAGCUUUGUGAAGAAGGAAGUGAAUGGAAAUCCUAAGACAUGGAGUGUAGUUUGGGAAAUGAGUAAUAAAAACUAGUGAUUUUAAAUUA